ACUGGUUAUAGAUAAAAGGAAAAAUACAAGCGAUUUAGAAGAAAAAUAUGAGUUGGAUCUACCAAGGUAUUUGUCAGAACGUAGAAGAAGUAGUGACAUCUACCUAGAACCUACAACCUCGUUGGGUAGAACAAGCAAAAUACUUCUUGAAACUGACUUUGACAGUGAUGUGCUGACUAAAGAAAAAAUUAUAGUAGAGGGAUUCGACGAAACCGAUGGUCCUCCUGAAUAUACUUCAAGACCUCCAACUGUUCAUCGAAAGUCAGCAGCAGUUGAACAAAUAAAACAUUUUAAACUGGGUAUAUCUGAACCAGAUUUCAAUAUAUCACGAGUGAUAUACGUUAAAGGAAUGGAAGAUGAUGAUCUCGCAGGAAAAGUUAUAGCAUUUUUCUGGUGGUUCACUUUUCUUUUAGCAAGAGUUCUAGCGAUCUCAGUGUUUGCAUAUUUUUUUCUCGAAAAAUCGAUCUUGUUGCUUUGUUCACAUUUUCUUAUCGUUAUAGCCUUCCUUAUCUACGAUGUUAAAUCCGAUGAAGUAAAUCGAGCAAAGGGAUUUUUUUUUCUAUUUUUGGGUCUUAUUUAUAUAUUUUGUAUAAUUGAGUUCAAAAUCAAAUUCAAAAAAGCAACUUUUAUUUAUUACGGAUAUUUUGUGUUGGUUUUCAUAGAGAAUUUCACAAUGUGUUUGAUUUGGUACCUCGGAGAAGCAGAAACGAUAGAGAAUGACUUUUGGUUUAGAUAUGUGUUUUAUAUUGUAAUUAUCGGUUCGCUCACUAGUUUAUCAUCUAUGAUUUUUUACUUUAUCUUUAACAAACCACCUGAAGUUGUUGUUCCUAAAGAAACAAUAAAAACAUGACGAAAAUGUGAUCCGCAGGUACUACUGAGCAUUUUUGUGAAUCUGAAUAAUGAUCGUCAAUAAAAUUUCGAUAUUUCA